AUGGCUAACGCCAAAUACGCCAAGCGCGAAGAGGCAAAGCAUGGCAAGCCUCAAGCGGCCCUGCAAAAGAAGGAGGUUCACAAGAGUCCCAUCAGCAAGGGCUGGAUUAUCCUCCUUGCCUUCGUUGUUUGCGGUGGAUUGAUUGUCGAGCUUUUGAGGUUCUUCUUCUAAGCAUAUAAAGCACAAAAUGAGAAGAGAUUAUGCUGCUGCUCAAAGAAUAGUACUUGUCUGGUUGUACAUCUCAUGCAUCGCUAUGGUGUCUACAUAUUGGAGUUCAUGGAAUAUCCACGGUCACGGCUGGAGAGAGUUUACGAUUAAAAGUGUGGGUUGCUUCUUUGUUCAUAUGCUAUAGCCUAUACAAUGCAGUGUACAGAUCUCAUCUAAGACCCUGAGGGCUCAUCAAGAGAUAUCAAUCUCCGUUUCUUCUUCUUUUUGGGCUUCGCGUCUGGUUCUCCAUCCGCUGCCCCCUCAACUAAAGCGUCAGUCCCUUCGACAGGUUUCUUCGCCUUCUUUUUCUUCUUAACG